AUGAAGCACGGGAAGCAUCAUGACGCCGUGAGACGCGUUGCUUUCUGUCGCAAUUCCGAGGGUUGGGGCCCAAUUUCCUCCGUACGGUUGGAUUUUACACCAUGUUUCUACGAGGGCAUUCUUAUCUCGGCUGUCAACUUGUUUAUUCUUACUUUUGGCGCAUACAGGCUGUGGCAGCUUCUUCGACGAUCCGCGGUUCCGGUGAAGGCGGAUUGGCAUUACUCUGCGAAAGUAAUCUUGGCGCAUGCGAUUGUUGCGGUUCAGGUCGUUCUUUCUGUUUUGUAUGCGCUCAGGAUCGAGGCUUUCUGGGAUGAUGUUAGGUUUUGGAGCGCGAUGCUCGGUGCAUUGGCCACCACCGCGGCGCUGGCGAUUCACGUGUUGGAGCAUGCUAGAGCCCGUGUUGCGAGUGCUGUUUUGCUUUUCUUCUGGCUGGGACGAAUUGUGGUUGAUGCUCUCAAGUUGAGGCAUCUUGUCAUUAUGGACGUUCAGCGGUCGUGGAUGCCUUACUUCAUCACUUAUGUCAUCGGGUUUGGAUUGGAGGUCUUUCUUUUCUGCCUAGAGUCGUUCAUCCCGAAGGCUAACCUGGAUUACCAUCUUGUUGAUGAAGAUGAGGACCCGAGCCCGCUCGUGUAUGCGAAUAUCUUCUCCAAGAUCACUUUCUCAUGGAUGACCCCCAUGAUGAAAAAGGGAUACAACACUUUCCUGACGGAGAACGAUCUCUGGACUACGCGUAAGGAGGAUUCAGCAGAGUAUCUGGCGGGUCGUCUCGAGUACUACUGGGACAAGGAGCUGCUCAAGGAGAAGGUGAAUUUGUGGCGUGUCCUCUUCAAGGCUUACGGCGGCCCGUACGCUGUUGCUGCUUUCUUCAAGCUAGCACAGGAUGUCCUUGCAUUCACUCAGCCGCAGCUCCUCCGAUUGUUGAUCAGUUUCGUCAACACCUACACCUCUGACCAUCCCGAUUCGUACGUCAAGGGCUUCGCCAUUGCAGGUUCGAUGUUUGCUGUUUCGCUCUUUCAGACGAUGUUCCUUCACCAGUAUUUCCAGCGUGCAUUUGAGACCGGUAUGCGUACACGUGUCGGUCUGAUCUCCGCUAUCUACAAGAAGGCGCUUGUCCUCAGCAACGAUGGACGUGCGACGAAGUCCACGGGUGACAUUGUGAACCUGAUGAGUGUAGACACUCAGCGUCUUGGUGAUCUCUGCCAGAACGGUCAGAUCGUCUGGUCCGCGCCGUUCCAGAUUACAUUGUGUCUCAUUUCCCUUUACAACCUUGUCGGCUUCUCAAUGUUCGCUGGUUUGGCUGUCAUGAUCAUCAUGAUCCCGCUCAACGCAUGGCUCGCACGAUUGAUGAAGCGUAUGCAGAAGGAGCAAAUGCACAACAAGGAUAGCAGGACGCGCCUGAUGACUGAGAUCUUGAACAACAUCAAGAGUAUCAAGCUUUAUGCGUGGGAACCGGCAUUCAUGCAGAAGUUGCGCGAGGUCCGAAACGACCGUGAGUUGAAGAAUUUGAGGAAGAUUGGUGUCAUCAACGCUUGCUCGAACUUUACCUGGGCUUGUGCUCCUUUCUUAGUGUCUUGCUCGACGUUCGCUGUUUUCGUGCUGACACAGAGCAAGCCUCUUACUACCGAUAUCGUCUUCCCCGCUUUGGCUUUGUUCAAUUUGCUGACAUUCCCGCUUGCCAUCUUGCCACAGGUCAUCACGAGUAUCGUUGAGGCUGGUGUGGCUGUCGACCGUCUCGAGGACUUCCUCCUUGCAGAGGAAGUGCAGCCUGAUGCUGUCCGUCGUGAGCCUACGAACACGAAGAUGGGCGGGGAGACUAUCCGUGUCGAGGAUGCCACGUUCCAGUGGAACGCCGAAAUGGAUGAGCCUACCCUCAAGGACGUUGACUUCGUUGCGAGAAAGGGUGAGUUGUCCUGCAUUGUUGGUCGCGUCGGUGCCGGAAAGACCUCUUUCAUCGAGUCUUUGUUGGGCAACUUGCACAAGGUUCAGGGUGAGGUUAUCGUUCGUGGACGCGUCGCAUAUGUUGCGCAGCAGCCCUGGAUCAUGAACGGUUCUGUUAAGGCGAACAUUCUUUUCGGGCACAAGUACGACCCUGAGUUUUAUCAGAAGGCUAUUGAAGCUUGUGCAUUGGUCAAGGACUUCGAGAGUUUGCCUGAUGGUGACCGGACUGAGGUUGGUGAGAAGGGUAUCUCGCUUUCCGGUGGUCAGAAGGCGCGGUUGUCGCUUGCUCGUGCUGUGUACACCCGUGCUGAUGUCUAUCUGCUUGACGAUCCCCUGUCUGCUGUCGACGCUCAUGUUGGUCGUCACUUGAUUGACAAUGUUCUCGGUCCCAAGGGUCUUCUCGCUACUAAGACUAGGGUGUUGGCCACGAAUGCUAUCCCGGUGUUGUCUCAGGCCGAUACUAUCACUAUGAUCCGUGAAGGUAAGAUUGUGGAGAGCGGUACCUACGAGGAUGUGAUGGCUGCGAAGUCCUCGCUUGCUGCUCUCAUCACUGAGUUUGGUAAGAAGGCGCAUGAAGUCCUGGACGAUGAGGACUCUGGUUCUGAGACCGUCGCUGCUGCUGACUCAGAUUGUUCGGACCCAGCUGGAGUAUCCUUGAAGGAUCGCAACAGGCGUGAUACCGGUGCUACGUUGAGACGAGCAUCUACUGCAUCUUUCUCGAAGCCUCGUGGUCGAGUUGUUGAUGAGGAGGCAAAUAAGAUCACUGCUCAAGCUCGCGAGUUCUCGGAGCAGGGUAAAGUGAAGUGGGACGUGUACAAGGAAUACGCCAAGUCUUGCUCAAGCUACGGUGUAUUCUUUUACUUUUUGUUCUUGCUCGCGUCCCAGGCUGGAUCUGUUGCUGGUAACGUGUGGUUGAAGAACUGGGCUGAAGUCAACUCGGGUCAGGGAAGCAACAAGGGCUUCGGCAUGUACCUUGCUGUUUACUUCGGUCUCGGCGUCGGUUCUUCUGGACUCACUGUUGUCUCUACCCUUAUUCUCUGGAUUCUUUGCGGUAUCCGUUCCGCGACUAAGCUUCACGACGAUAUGGCGUACCAGGUCAUCAUGAGGAGCCCAAUGCAGUUCUUCGAGACUACUCCCAUUGGACGUAUCUUGAACAGGUUCAGUAACGACGUUUACAAGAUUGAUGAGGUGCUCAUGAGGACUUUCGGUAUGUUCUUCAGGACUACGGUUCAGGUUCUGUUCGUCAUUGGCGUUAUCACGCGCGCUACUCCGCCAUUCUUGGCCAUCAUUGUCCCUCUCUCCGGAGUUUAUCUCUAUGUCCAGAGGUUCUACCUGAGGACGUCGAGAGAGCUGAAGCGUCUUGACAGUACCACUCGUUCGCCUAUCUACGCUCACUUCCAGGAGUCUUUGGGUGGUAUCUCAACCAUUCGUGCUUACAACCAGCAGACCCGAUUUGAGUUUGAGAACACCUUCAGGAUCGACAUGAACCAGCGCGCUUACUUCCCGUCCAUCUCAGCUAACCGAUGGUUGGCGGUGCGCUUAGAGUUCAUCGGUUCUAUUAUCAUCUUGUCUGCUGCAACGUUGAGUGUGGUCACGUUGAUUACGUCUGGUAUCUCGGCAGGUCUUGUUGGAUUGGCUAUGAGUUACGCUUUGCAGACUACGCAGUCGCUCAACUGGAUUGUUAGGCAGACUGUGGAGGUUGAGACCAACAUUGUCUCUGUUGAGCGAGUUCUUGAGUACUCUAGAUUGCCGUCUGAGGCUCCUAGGGUGAUUGAGGAGAACCGCCCGAGCCCAUCAUGGCCAUCCAAGGGUGACUUGGCCUUCCACAAGUACUCUGCCCGUUACCGCGAUGGACUUCCUCUUGUCUUGAAGGACAUUAACGUUGCUAUCAAGGCACGCGAAAAAAUCGGUAUUGUUGGGCGUACUGGAGCCGGAAAGUCUAGUUUGACGCUGGCUUUGUUCCGAUUGAUUGAAGCCGCAGAUGGUCACAUCUCGUUGGAUGGAGUGAACACAAGUAAUGUUGGGUUGUAUGACUUGAGAUCGAGGUUGGCGAUCAUUCCUCAGGACUCUCAAGCGUUUGAGGGGACGAUCAGAGAUAACCUCGAUCCGGCGGGUGUCCAUGACGAUGCUGCGCUGUGGGAGGUCCUCGAGCACAGUCAUUUGAAGGAUGCCGUGGCGCAGAUGCCUGGAAAGCUUGGAGCGACUGUCAAUGAAGGAGGAAGCAACUUGUCUAGUGGACAGAGACAACUUAUGUGUCUUGCCCGAGCAUUGCUUACGCCAAGCAAGGUGCUGGUGCUGGAUGAGGCGACGGCAGCGGUGGAUGUCGAGACCGAUCAGCUUCUCCAACAAACUAUCCGUCGCGAGUUCAAGGACCGGACUAUCCUCACGAUUGCUCACCGCAUCAACACCAUCAUGGAUUCUGACAAGAUUCUCGUUCUGUCUGCUGGAAGGGUAGCAGAGUUCGACACGCCUGCGAACCUGUUGGAGAUGAAGGAUUCGUUGUUUUACGCGCUGGUGGAGGAGGCUGGAUUGGGAGGCAAGAAAUAG